AAUAUUAAAAGUAUAAAAUUACUAAAGUUUAUGUAACUCAGAAUUACUUUAAGUUUCCGUAUUAACAGUCCCGUCUUGUUUCAUCGAAGCAAAUGCUGUCCCUGGUUUCAGAACGACGUUUCCUUUGCCAUUAUCAGCAAAAUUGCAUUCCUUGAGUGAAAUUCCAGAUAUACCCUCUAACAAUUCUGUACCGCCACAUUUACUUUCCAUCCCUUGCAAAUGUUUUUGUGUCUCCAACCGCAACGCGUAUUCUUUAAACUGUCCUAGGAAGCAACUGCUUGCUACCAGUUUUGCACUGUCAUACAGCUGCAUAAACAAUACAAAAGUACAAUAAAACUGCUCUGACUAUCACAACAGCUCUAAGGUCUCCUGCAUCUAUUGUAAUACCUUCUAAUAGAACCUGACAAGGAUAGUUUAAAAAUAAAUCAAAUGAACAUCAGUUGGAAAUAAUUAGGUAAAAUGGCUUACUUCAUUGCCAGAAAAGUCAAGCAAAGAUGGUGCAGUUUCAGUAUCUUUUACAGAAAGAAUAGUCUGCUCUGCAUUACAAACACUCUUAAUUGUACCUCCUUCUUCUAAAUUUCCAGCACUUUUUAUGUAAUGAGUACCUUCUCCAAUUACAAUUAUGUCCCCCGCAUCACAGACUUGUACAGUCUCUUGCAAAGAACCAGAUAUUCUAAAUAUAAAAUAGCAUAAUUAAAUGUAAAUUAAUAUGCUGCUUCUAAAAUUUGUAAAACAUACUUAAAAUGUAACCCAGAGGGCAAACCAGCUUGCACUCUAGUUAUAGCUUCUUUCAUUUCUUCUAAAGUACCACCAAGCCACACAAAGUAUCCUUCUGUACCCUUUUCCUUACUGUCUUUUCUCUGUGACUUCUCAUUGAUCAAAGACGUUGUUCGAUUUUUGACAAGAAUCUCUCUCAUGGCAGGAUUUUCAAGAACCUCCAUUUCUCUUUUAAUUUGUUGUAGUCUAAAAUGAAGUUUCAUCAAUUGACACGCUGUUCCCCCAUCAACCACUUCAUGAGUGUCCUCUUCUUCACUGAUGGUGUCCUCUAAUCUUGAUAUCUUUUGUUGAACUUCUCUACCUUCUCUUAUCAAGCUUCUUAUAACAUCACUGGUGUCUUUACUAACAACACCCCUCUUCAUGUCAAAGAACAACCUAAUUCUAGUCUCUAAAUGUACAGACACCCAAUCAGUGUUAUCAUCAUCGUCUAUAUCCCAAGGCAUCCAUAAGUAAUUAUAAAAAAAUCUUAAUUGAUCAAUGCAACUGGCAGUCCCCACCAUGUCUAAUGCAUUAUUCUCUUGAUUAUGAGUCGGAUAAAGUUCUAUAAGCGGUACAUCAUACUUUUCUGGCAAAUGAAUUUCAUCUUGAACAGCAGUGAUUUUAACUAGUGCUGAUAGAUCAGCAAAUUCAACUUGUUCUAUUUCUACCACCACUAUAGUGGGAUAAUGGAUCUGAAAAUCUUCACAUACUAAGCGUGGUAUUUUCCAUAACGCUUGCCAACCAACGGGCUCUAUUACAAGCUCCACAUGAUAAGACCAUUCUGCUUGAAUUUGAGAAGCAGGAACUAAACUAAAAUGAAUAUAUGAAAAUCACAGCUUUUGCAACGUUUCAAUCGGGCAACGAAAUACGCUCGUUCGCUGUUUUAUCAAAGUUUUAAAACUACUGUACAGUAUCUUCUAAUAACUUCUAAUUUAAAAGAGAAAAUCAUAAUAUAUAAUUAAAUAAUAAAGUAAUGUUCUUUUAAAGAUUUAAAAGCACAUUUUAAAUUAAUUCUGUCGCCUACGAUACUAAACAUAUCCGUAAAAUAUUUGAACUGCAACGUCAACGACCCUGAUUGGUUGUUCCUCUUUCGAUUCUCGUUUCCAACAACUGUAGAUCUAUCGAUAGAUGUAGUUCUGACAAACAAUACAAUCAUAUCGUCCUGUAAACAAACAGUGCCUUAUUUUCAUGAUUAAUUAAAACUAUGUCCGAAGAAAUAUUAGAUAAUUGCCUCUUAAAAGGCGAGGGCGAAAAUACGGAACAGAGUUCGAAAAAUGUAGAAGAUAAACUUUUCGAUGAGAUUAUUGGGCACAUAGAAGAUAUUUUGUUAGAAGAUGAAUUUCAUGGCAUUCAGAAGGAAUUCUUAGACCAAUAUUGGGAUGUCUUUGAGCCUGUAGAAGAAAAUAAAUUAAUUUACACAGACAUCUUUGAUAAAUAUAAUAAAGCUGUGGAAAAUUAUAUUGUCAAUUACUUACGAAAAGUAAUACCACACUUUAACAUAAACACAUUUCUAGAACUUUUAAAUAAUAGGCAAAAUGAAUUGGAAGGUGAAGUAUUUGAAGUAUUAUCGACAUUCACAGAUUUCAUAGCCUUCAAAGAAAUGUUUCUCGAUUAUAGAGCUGUAAAGGAAGGGAAAGUCCAAGAUCUCAGCUCUGGAAUAUCCAUUACAUGUCUGAAAACAUAUUCAAUUGAUAAUGAUUCUCCAAGAUAAACUUUUGACAUUCACCAAAGGAACAAAUUAUGAAAUAUUUAUUAUAUUUAUUCUGUAAUGUUUAGCUGUAAUUCUUAGGAAACAAUACAUUUAUUAUGUUUACAAUGUU